CAGGCUGGGAAGCGCCGCCAUGUUGGCGUCGUCCGCGCUGUAUUGUCAUAAAUAGAGCCGGUUAUGUAGUGUUUUCACUACUCGGUUGGCUGCCUCGGCCGUGGUGAGUGAGAGAGUGUGCGAGCGAGCGAGCGAGCGAGCGACAGGCGUCCAGAGGAAAGCGGACAAGAGGAGGGGAAGGAGCCAGAACGGGACUCCGGAGCGGGAGACACCCGCCGGUGAGGGAGGCGCAGGAAGCGAUGAAAGAAACGUCUGCAAACACCGUGCUGGACAGCCAGCGUAAACAAAAGCAUUAUGGAAUCACUUCUCCAAUUAGCUUGGCAUGUCCUAAAGAAAUUGAUCACAUUUACACACAGAAAUUAAUUGAUGCCAUGAAACCAUUUGGAGUUUUUGAAGAUGAGGAAGAAUUGAACCACAGGCUGGUUGUUCUUGGUAAAUUAAACAAUUUAGUAAAAGAGUGGAUUUCCGAUGUUAGUGAGAGUAAGAAUCUCCCACCUUCUGUUGUGGCUACUGUUGGUGGUAAAAUUUUCACUUUUGGCUCCUAUAGGCUUGGAGUACAUACCAAAGGAGCUGACAUUGAUGCACUUUGUGUAGCUCCAAGACAUGUGGAGAGAUCUGAUUUUUUUCAGUCUUUUUUUGAAAAAUUGAAGCAUCAAGAGGGCAUUAGAAAUUUAAGAGCUGUAGAAGAUGCCUUUGUACCUGUUAUAAAAUUUGAAUUUGAUGGAAUUGAGAUUGACCUAGUUUUUGCAAGACUGGCAAUACAAACCAUAUCAGAUAAUUUAGAUCUAAGAGACGACUCUCGACUGAGAAGCCUUGAUAUAAGGUGUAUUCGCAGCCUAAAUGGAUGUAGAGUUACUGAUGAAAUUUUGCAUUUAGUGCCAAAUAAAGAAACUUUUAGACUCACCCUAAGGGCAGUCAAAUUAUGGGCAAAACGACGUGGUAUUUAUUCCAACAUGCUGGGAUUCCUUGGUGGUGUCUCUUGGGCAAUGCUAGUUGCAAGAACUUGCCAAUUAUAUCCAAAUGCAGCAGCUUCUACUUUAGUUCAUAAGUUCUUUUUAGUUUUUUCCAAGUGGGAAUGGCCAAAUCCUGUGCUGCUGAAGCAACCAGAAGAAAGCAAUUUGAAUUUGCCUGUUUGGGAUCCUCGGGUAAAUCCAUCAGAUAGGUAUCAUCUCAUGCCCAUAAUCACCCCUGCCUACCCACAACAGAAUUCUACGUAUAAUGUGUCCACAUCAACUCGAACAGUAAUGGUAGAAGAAUUUAAACAAGGUCUUGCAGUCACAGGUGAAAUUCUUCAAGGGAAAUCAGAUUGGUCCAAACUACUUGAGCCACCAAAUUUUUUUCAAAAGUAUAGACAUUAUAUAGUAUUGACUGCCAGUGCAUCAACAGAAGAAAACCAUCUAGAGUGGGUUGGAUUAGUAGAAUCUAAAAUCCGUGUGCUUGUUGGAAAUUUGGAACGGAAUGAAUUUAUUACUCUUGCCCAUGUAAAUCCCCAGUCAUUCCCAGGAAAUAAGGAACACUAUAAAGACAAUAAUUACGUAUCAAUGUGGUUCCUUGGAAUAAUUUUUCGGAGAGUAGAGAAUGCAGAAAGUGUUAACAUAGACUUGACAUAUGAUAUACAGUCAUUUACUGAUACAGUGUACAGACAGGCAAACAAUAUAAACAUGCUAAAGGAGGGAAUGAAAAUUGAAGCAACUCAUGUUAAAAAAAAACAACUUCAUCACUAUCUUCCAGCAGAGAUCCUUCAAAAGAAGAAAAAGCAAAGUCUUUCUGAUGUCAAUCGUUCAAGUGGACCUCAAUCCAAAAGAUCAUCUCUGGAUAGCAAUUGUUUGGAUAGCUCUAGAGACACUGAUAAUGGAACACCUUUUAAUUCUCCAGUGUCUACAAACAAACCUUCCAAGCCUGAUAAUUCUCCUUCAGGAGAAACAGAAAGGAAUAACACUGAACCUGCUGCUGUGAUUGUGGAAAAGCCAUUGAGUGUUCCGCCAGCUCAAGGACUAUCUAUUCCAGUCAUUGGUGCAAAAGUUGAUUCUGUAGUAAAAGCUGUAUCACCCCCAGCUGUGUGCACCAUUCCUACUGUAGUAGGACGAAAUGUUAUUCCUAGGAUCACAACACUCCACAACCCUAUCCAGGGACAACCACAUCUAAAUGGGAUGGCAAAUAUAACUAAAAAUGUUGUGCCCAAAAGGUCCCAUUCCCCAUCUAUAGAUAUGUCUUCAAAGAGAUUAAAAGAUAUAGAAAAGUUUAUUCGACUUGAAUCAAAGUUUAAGGAAUCACGUGCUGCUGAAAACAGAAAAAGAAAAUCAGUGGAUGCCAUUGGGGGAGAAUGUAUGCCUAUUCCAACUAUUGAUACUUCACGCAAAAAGAGACUGCCCAGUAAAGAACUACCAGAUUCAUCAUCUCCAGUUCCAGCAAAUAACAUUCGUGUCAUCAAAAAUUCUAUUCGACUGACUCUUAAUCGGCUCCAUCACCGCUUGCUGGCCCAGGAGGCCGCUCUGAGCUACGCACCCCGGGAGGAGAGGCCCGCAGCGUUAUAUCUUCCUGUAUUCAAAUAUUUUGAGAUUUGCUCUACCAAUUCUCUAUUUGAGUAAAGGUGAAUGAUUAUGAAAGGACUAAUUGUCACCUGACUUCAAACUGAAAAAUUCUUUAGUAAGGGAUUUGAUUAAAUUUUAUAUGUGAUGUAUUUGCAUUUUUGUAUUUAAUAUCUACCUAUUCUCCCCUUCUAUUAUCAGUCUUCAAAGUCUCUUUAAGAAUUCCCUGCACAUCCAUGUUUACCUUAGUAUAUAAACAGAUUCUUUGGAGUGA